AAACUAACAGCACAUACAGCAAACUCCCCUUCUUCCCCCAAAUCUCCAGCUCUUUCGCUCUUUCGCUCUUUCGCGAGAGAUGGGAAAGUCGUCCUCGGUGAUAUUAAUCUACACAACCCUAGCUCUCCUCCUGCUCGUCCUUCUCGCCUCUCUCUUCUCUCCGACAAAUCUCCACCACCGGCACCGGCCCCACCGUCGUCUCGUCCUCCGCCAAAACACCUCCACCUCCGGCGGCCGCCACCACCCGCCGAUCCCCUUCGACCCCAUCAUCUCCGACAUCGAGAUCCGCCGCGAGGACAAGCAGUGGGAGCGGGAGCACUUCUCCAUCCCCCACCGCGACGGUCAGGGGGAGGCCGAGCCCGAGUGGGAGGACUUCAUGAACGCCGAGGACUACAUCAACGACGACGAGCGCUUCAACGUCACCCACCGCAUCGUUCUUCUCUUCCCCAAGAUCGAUCUGAGCCCGAGCGAUGGGUUCGUGAGUUCCGAUGAGUUGACGGAGUGGAACCUCCGGCAGGCGACGAGGGAGACGAUGCACCGGACCCAGCGGGACAUGGAGCUCCACGACAAGAACCACGAUGGGUUUAUCUCUUUCCACGAGUACGAGGGCCCCACCUGGAACAGACAUUCCGAUGAUAAGACUUCUUCUGAUAAUGACAUGGGUUGGUGGAAAGAGGAUCACUUCAAUGCUUCAGAUGUGGAUGGGAAUGGUCUUCUAAAUCUGACGGAGUUCAAUGACUUCCUGCAUUCAGUCGACAGUAAUAACCCAAAGCUGAUUCAAUGGCUCUGUAAAGAAGAGAUAAGGGAAAGAGAUAAAGACAAAGAUGGAAAGCUUAAUUUCAAAGAAUAUUUUCAUGAGUUAUUUGAUGCAAUAAGGGAUGAUGGUGAAAUUUACAAUCAUUCUGAUUCCUCAAUGGAGGAGGCAUCAGCAAAGAAGUUAUUUACGCAGCUUGAUCUGGACAAUGAUGGAUUUUUAUCAGAUGAUGAACUCAAGGCUGUGAUUGGUAUUCUUCAUCCUUCAGAGCACUACUAUGCAAAACAGCAAGCUGAUUACAUUGUAUCACAGGCAGAUUCCAAUAAAGAUGGGCGGCUAAGUUUGAGUGAGAUGAUCGGGCACCCCUAUGUAUUUUAUAGUGCUAUUUUCAGUGAUGAAGAAGAUGAUGAUUAUCAUGAUGAAUUCCGUUGAUACUUUUACAGGUCGGUAAUGAGAGCAGUUGAAAAAUAUAUCACAAUUUCUGUUUGCUCUUACAACUAUCAGCAAAUUGGCAGUCAAGAUAUUUGUGCUGGAAGUUACACCUGCUAAGCAUCUAUAUUCCAUAUAUGUACAUUAGAAGAGAUGACAUUUUAUUUAGUCAAUGUAUUCUAAAAAUUUUACGCUACAUUAGAUUAUGCUCGUUCUUGCCCUUGAUGUUAACAUCUUGUUGCUCAGCUGCUGCUGUUGUGUUGGCUAGAGAGCUCACAGUAGUACUAUGGAAUUUGCACAAGUUGCAGCUGAGUUGGUUGUCUCCAAAUGGAUUAGAUUGGGUGAAGGUUUUCUCGCCAGUACAUUCUUCAGGGACAGAGCAGAUGCCAACGCCUGUAGUUGGUUUUCCGUAAAGAUAAAACUAGGAUGCCAUGUUGAAUCCAAGAUUUAUCUUCAUGGAUUUUAUUAAAGCAUUUCAUCAAUUGUGGUUCGGUGGAUAUGUUCAAUUUUAAAUCAUCGUGACGCUUUGGCAGACUCGUUAAA